AUCGUAAACAGCGCACACGCACUGCGGAAGUCCUGCAGCACCGUCCGUGUUGUUGUUAUUCGCUGUGAAUGUACGCCGGUCGACCGGGUAAAUUAACUUUUAUUAGUAGUAAAACAAACUAAAAUCAUUCCUGGUCGCUGAAGGCGGACAUUUAAAGGAUUCAACAACAAGUUCAGCGACGUACGAAGCCCAAACAGUCAGGCGUCACCCCGGGAAGAGCCUUACAUCUGAGCCAGUGAAGCUAGUAAAGUGAACAAAGACCCGUCAAAUGAAUAUAUGUGCAGUAUAAGUGAAAUAAAGUCACCCUUCAGCUAACCAGAGGAGCGACAUCUGCUGUCAUGGAUCGCUACAACCAGGUGAAGUUUCUUCUAAAGCACUGGGAGAAGGAGUUUGUCCAGCAGCACCAGAGGAAACCCAGCAAGGAGGACAUUGACCAAGCCCCAGAAGACACUAAGAAGCUGUAUAAGGAGUAUCGCAGUUUGAAGCAGGCCAAGGAGAACAGCUGCAUUACGGAUGGAAACACUGGAGAGGCUGACCAAUGCAAAGCUGCAGCUGAGAGCAACGCAGCCCAGAAGGACUCAGAUUGCUGGGGCGCCCACCUGAACCGCAGUGCGCUCCCAGUGCCGUCUCCCAGUCUGACGUCCCAGGACAGAGACAGUCUCCAGGCCUCUGCCCAGUACUAUGGCAUGAAGCUUAAAAACAACCUGUCCACACUCGGCAAGGAGAGACCUGUCUCGUUGAAGAAAUCUUUGACUCCUGGCCGGACGCCCUUCAACUUAUGGAAAGAUCGACAGACUGGACAGACAAACGGAGCGGCUGCUGGCACUCCCACAAAAACGUCCGUCCAGCCGAGGGCCAGCCCAGCUCGCUCCAGCCCCUUUUCACCAAGAGUACAGACUUCUGCGGCGUCACCUGCCUCACAGACGCUCUCUCCAUCGGAGCCUGAAGAGCCAUUUGAACCAUUUGAACCAUUUGAAUGUGCCAGUGAGGCUUGUGAUAGACCUUCCAGUGCUGCCACUACUUGUCGUGCUGAUAUCAACAGUGGCCUCCGUGAUAAUUUGACUGUUGGUGAUGGAAAUCGUGAGGCUUCCAGUUUUGCUCUCUCUCAAGCCACAUCCUCUGUGCCGACAUCAUCGCUUUCCCCCACAGGCAUCGCAGAAACUUUAAGUGGAGAUGUAGGAGAAUUGCAUGAAAGUAUAGGAGCUUCAGGAGACAUGAAGAGAAACAGUGAAACUUUAGGUGCUUCGCAAGGAGGCGCCCAGUUUCCUGGAGGUUUUAAGGGAGGAAGAGGAGGUUUAGGCGCCGCAGGCAGACCUUCUCUUGUGAGCAGGCUGAGUUUGGUGGACAGAGGCUGGCUGGAGAGGUGUCAGGUAUUUGGAGAGAUGGAGGAUGGGGACAAACCCAGAGCGGGCAACCAAGUGAAAGAACAGGAGAGGAAAGGAGGAGAGGGAAGAGAAGGAGAGAAAGCAGAAGUAGGAGGGGGAGGAGAAGGGGAAAGAGAUGAAAGCAGAAAAACGGGUGGAAAAGGAGAAAUAGAAAGAGAAGGAGAAAGAAGAGGGGCAACAGGCUUGGGAAGAAGCGAGGAGUUGGAGACGGAUGCUACACUCAAACCUGCAGUACAGUGCACUAGAAAAAGCAGAGGAAGUGCGGGAGAAACAGCGAUGAAGGGCGGAGGGGAGGAGGAGGUGGAAAAGGGAGUGACAUCGCCUUCAGCACCAGAAGAUGACAGUGAGACCAAAGGAGCAAAGAAGAGAGGAAGGAAGAGGCAGAGAGAGGGAGAGAACACAGAGGGAGAGACGCCAGAGGAGGGAGGCGUGAGGAAGAGGCGGAGGAACGGCAAAAAGAAAGAGGAAAGCUCUGAUGGAAAACCCAAACCAGCCCAGGAGGGAGGGAGGAAGAGGAGGGCCAAGAAGGGAGAGGAGGAGGGAGAAGAGGAGAAAGAAAAAACCAAGGCACCAGCCAAGGUUUACCAGGAGAACUUGUUAGGAGAAGUGGACGAGGACAUGGGCGCCGGCAGAAAACACUACACGCAGCCUGUCAGACCCACAGGUACGAAAAACUCCGACGCUAACUUUGUGAAGAUAAACCUGAAGAAGAAAUCUCACGUUAAGGGAUUUGCACUGAGAGGAGCUGCUCGUCGUAAACAGCUGUACAUGGAGAAGUUUCAGCUGAAAGGGGAGCGCUUCGGUGGUGGCGGAGGCUAUUUUGGCAGAGGGAGGAGGGGCGGCUUCAGAGGGGGGUUCAAUCGCCAAGGUGACACCUGCUACAAGUGUGGAGGUACAGGACACUGGGCGAUCGACUGCAAGGGAAGAGCCCCUCCCCCUCCUGUGUCUGAGGAGGACCAAUCAGCAGUUGAAGAGCCAUUUGAGCUGCCCACCCUGGAGGAGGUUGCCAGGGCAACAGGAACGCUGCGAUCUGAGGCGCCGGUGGCUUCCUCCACUGCCAGAGAGGAGCUGCAGCACCAGGAGCAGGAGGUGGAUGGACCGCCUAAUGAUGAGAUUUUGCUGAAUGUGAUUCGUCCCGACUAUGAACGCCCCGCCCCUCCACCUCCCAUGGAACCACUGUAUAGUCUGGGAGAUGAUGGGAGAAUCCAGGCCACGCCUGCGGAAGUUUACACGGCUCUGAAAGAUUUUGGAUAUCAGUCAUUUAGACCAGGACAGGAGGAAGCCAUUAUGAGGAUUCUGUCAGGUCUCUCUACCCUUGUUGUUCUGUCAACAGGGAUGGGUAAAUCGCUGUGCUAUCAGCUCCCAGCGUAUCUGUACGCUCAGAGAUCAAACUCCAUCACUUUGGUCAUCUCUCCUCUAGUCUCACUAAUGGAUGACCAGUUGUCUGGCCUGCCUGCUAAGCUGAAGGCAGCGUGUAUCCACUCCAACAUGUCGAUGAAACAGAGAGAAGCCGCUAUAGAAAAGGUGAAGUCAGGCCAGGUGUGUGUGUUGCUCCUCUCCCCGGAGGCUCUGGUUGGUGGAGGCGGUUCAGGUUCAGGCUGCCUGCCGCCUGCUCAUCAGCUCCCCCCUGUGGCCUUUGCCUGUAUAGACGAAGCUCACUGUGUCUCAGAGUGGUCACACAACUUCAGACCCUGCUACCUACGGCUCUGUAAGGUACUGCGGGAGCGUUUGGGAGUCCGCUGCUUGCUGGGACUCACUGCCACAGCCACGCUGUCCACCGCUCUGGACAUCGCUCAUCACCUGGACAUCAGCGAUCAGGAUGGCAUCGCAGUCAGAUCCGCCGCAGUGCCUCCUAACCUGCAGCUGUCUGUGUCCAUGGACAGAGAGAAGGAUCAGGCUUUAGUGUCCUUGUUGAAAGGUGACCGUUUUGGUUGCCUUGACUCCAUCAUUGUCUACUGCACCAGACGGGAGGAGACAGUCCGAGUGGCAGCGCUGCUCAGGACCUGCCUGCAGGGGGUGCUGGUGCGAGAAAACAACACCAUCAGCAACCAGACACAAAGCAACCCUGUAGGGCAGAAGAAGAAAGAGAUGGCCCGGAAGAAGAUUCGUAAGCCGUUAAAAUGGCAGGCAGAGUCGUACCAUGCCGGCCUGUCGGCGUCAGAGCGCCGCCGCGUCCAGAACAACUUCAUGUGUGGGGAGCUGCGAGUCGUGGUGGCUACGGUGGCCUUCGGCAUGGGCCUGGAUAAGUCAGACGUUCGCGGUAUCGUUCACUACAACAUGCCCAAGAGCUUUGAGAGUUACGUUCAGGAGAUUGGGAGGGCAGGGAGAGAUGGAGAACCGGCCCACUGCCAUCUCUUCCUGGACCCUGAGGGCGGGGACCUUCAUGAGCUGCGUCGUCAUAUCUAUGCAGACACAGUGGACUACUACACAGUGAAGAGGCUGGUCCAGAGAGUCUUCCCUCCAUGCAAAUGUAAACAGAUACACCAGAAACAACAAGUCCUGGCCCAGUGUGUGGAGGAUGUCGAGGACUCUGAGCUGCUGGAGAUGAUGGACGUGUGUGAUGAGGAGAGCGGUGUGAACCCCCCCGCCCAGCAGGACACGGUGCAGUCGGCACACCCCGACCGACAUGAAGACGGACUGUUGUCUCAGCCUGCACAGGUGUCAUCACCUCCUCAUGCAGAGGAGCAGAAAGGGGCGGAGGAGGAGGAGCUGGUAGCUAAACAAGAAGGAGGUAACGGUUCAGUGAAUCAGCAGGCUGCGGAGAUGACGGCAGCGGGUGAUUGGCUGAAGAACCAGGGAGUGGAGGGCGAUGAUUGGCCCAGAGAGAGGGUGUGUCACACUCAUGAGAGAGCGAUUCCCAUCCAAAAGACUGUAGAGGCUCUGGACAUCACCGAGGAGGGUGUGGAGACCCUGCUGUGCUAUCUGGAGCUCCACCCCCAGCGCUUUGUGGAGCUUCUCCACUCCACCCUGUCUGUGUGUAAAAUCAGCUGCUACGACGGGCCGAGACAACUGCGGAAAAUCACUAAAAUCUGCCCCCCGGUUGCCGUGGUGCUGGCCAGGAUGCGGAUGGCAGGUGAGCGAGUGGAGACGUGCGAUUCGGUGGAGUUUGACGUUGUCGAGGUAGCGGAUACUAUGGGAUGGCAGCUUCCUCUUGUGAAGAGAGGACUCAGACAGCUGCAGUGGAGCACUGACAGAGCUGGUGGGCGUAGCGGUGUUCAUGUUGAAUUCUCCUCCCCCUCCUUCUACUUCCGUUCCUAUGGCGACCUGAACAACGAGGAGCUGGACAGAGUUUGUCAGUUCCUCCAUAAGCGAGUGCUGGAACAAGAGAGAACACAACUCUUCCAGCUCACUGCCUGCUUCAAGGCCUUCCAGAGCGUCGCCUUCCGCAGUGUGACGUCUUGCGUCGACGACUUGGAUGACAGUCGCAGUCUGCAGCUGAAAAACCUGCUCGCUGAAUACUUUGACAAGAGACGAGACCGAGAUCACACACUCGCGCUGGUGGAUGACGAAGAACUCAGCAAAUACAAGCUGUUGGACUGGGAGGAUCAAAUCAGAGCGGACAUCAGAAGUUUCCUUGCCAACCGGAGCGAUGAGAAGUUCUCUGGGAGAGCUGUUGCUAGAAUCUUCCAUGGCAUAGGCAGCCCCUGUUACCCUGCACAAACCUACGGGAAAGACAGACGCUACUGGAGGAAAUACAUCCAGUUUGACUUCAACCAGCUCAUCAGAUUGGCAACGCAGGAGAUCAUUCGCUUCAAGUGACCAGUCACAUGUGAACACUUGCACAGAAGACGGCAUGCGGAUACGCAGUUCUACCCACACACAGGAACACACACACAUACAUACACAUGAAGCUGCAUGUGUAUCCAAAUCAGCAGAGGUGUGUUUUUACAUGGACUUGUGCAGAAGCACCCCUUUUCCGACAUCACUUUUUUUUUUCCCUUGUGAUGAAUUAGGAUGGUUUUCAAGAAUAUUUCUUUGUUUUGUAUAUAGUAUGUUUACAACUUUUAUUUUCUUGUAGAUUGUAUAAAUAAAAUCUUAUUUUUCUA